GAUCACUUUUGAUUAGGAAUCAGUUUUAUCAACAACCAUCAGAAUCUUGCGAUGCUGAUGGGUAAAAAUUGUGCCGCCAGUGAAAGAUGAAGAGAAGUGAAAUAAACAGUCACUUCCGCGUGUUUAUUUCAAUUCAUUUGUUGGUGAUUUUUACUCUUGUUUAGAUUGAGAUUUUUGCUUUUCCCAAUUCUAGUCAACUGUUUAUCUUGUUGUACAUAAGAAUAUAUACUAAUACGAAUUAGUAUAAGAAAAAUAAUAGAAGGAAACAAGAACUGAAUUGAGGUGGAAUAAUGAAAUUGUCAACUGAACAACAAGAAUAAUGGAUCUGCGUGACAAGUUAAACUUUAGUGUGUGUGUUUAUUAAUCAAAGUGAAUUGUUGAUGAUGAUGAUUUACCAACCAUAAUCAGUUGUCUCUUCAUGUUCAAGUAUUCAACCAACAAACUGGGUGAAACCAAGUAAAAAAUUCAACUUCAUUUUCCUUGUGCGCGUUUGUGUGUCUUCAACAUUGUCACUCUCCAUCAACAACAAUAUAUUUUCUUGGAUGAUGAUGAUGUUGAUGAUGAUGUGAGAUCAGUACGAAUGAGGCAAUGAGAGAGUGAAUUGUUUGAUCAUCUCGAGGAAAAGAAAAAAUGUUUCCAAUCAUAUGAUGUUCAACAUAUUCUUAUGCUUUUGAAUGGACAUCAGAUUAUAUUAGACUUCGUAAGCCUCCAAUUAAAAGGAUAAAAUCUUAUCAUUAUCAUCACUACCAUGAUGAUGAGAUAAUGAAUUGAGUAACUUUCAUCAUCAUUUAUCAUCAUGAUUACUUUUUUCAUGAUUGUUCAUCAACAGGGCUUCAUCAUUUUCUGAAUCAUUUGCUAUUUUAUCAUAACAUCAACGAUUUUAUCACCAUUGGGUUGGAAAGAUUAACCAUUAUCAUCAGUAUUUCCAUCAUCAUCAUCACCAUCAUGUUAAUAACAAUUAUUAUCCUUUGAGAGUUGAUAAAACUUCCACCGGAACCUUUUAAUCAAACGGAUUUUAAUCAUUACAAUUUGAUUAACUUGUCCUGUUGAACACAUUGGCUCGCAUUUCACCAACUUCACUCUAUCGACAUCAAGUUAACUGUUUCUCUGGAUUAUAUAUUUUUUUGUGAAUGAAACAUUUUUCAUCAUCUUUAAUUGACAUCCUCAGAUUAAGUGGACAAUUGUAAAGAUGAAUGUUAAUCCGAUUACCUGGAAAGAUGCCUUUAGCCAUAAAUAUGUGAUAUUGUGUUUAAUUUGUGGUGGAUCAUUGCUCAUUCUUGGUCUCACAUUUAUUGUAAUCUAUCUCAUCUUAUCAAGCUACACUUCAUCACUUCAUUAUUUUGAAACAAUACCUACAUAUAUACCUGCAAUUACGCUCAUCAUAAAUGGGAUAAUUGUUUGUAUCUUAGCCAAACGUAAUCUAAGAUACUUUAAUCUGAUCAAAAUUUCAGGAGCCUUUUGCCUGAUCAGUGCUCUUAUAUGUGUUGUUACCACGGUUACAACAACCGUAAUCCAUUUGAAUCGAUUACAAACCCUCCAAGGAUGUGAAUAUACAUCAUCUUCAUCUACCUGUAUUUGCAUGACAGGUUCAGGGAUAACAGGUUCAAAUGAUCCCUCGGUUCAAGUUACUGGACAUUCAAGUCAUUAUGCUUUUCAAAAUAUACCAAAUUGUGAUGCUGUUCAUGGAACCCUGAAUACUUGUCUUCGGGCACUUUUUGGUGUCUCUGUUUUUGGAAUAUUAAUUUCAAUUUUUACUUCUAUGCUAGUCUAUCAAUUAAUGAGCCAUGAGAAGAAAAAGAAAUACCUUGAACAAUUGGAAUCACGUCGGCGUUUCCAUCAACAUGCAUUUAACAAUCGUCGCAAUCACGAUCCACUUUCACCUCCGCCUUUUCCCAUCCUCUCUUAUCCACCGCCACACACACUUGCAGCUCAAGGAUGUUCAGCGUUUAUGGAUGAUAUUUUCUAUCCUGGUGGUGUAAUGAAUGGCGGUAGUUCUAGUGGACGAGGAGGAGGUUGGAUAUGGCCACCACCACCACCGCCUCCUUGGGAUUUGAUUGAUUAUCGUAGCUAUUGUACACCCAGUUAUGAAAGUCAAACGGCACCGGGUCCAUGUUCAAGUUCCCCAGGUGAAGUGGGUCCACUUGGUGAAACAAUAACUGGUCAUCGGUCAGGUUUAUUUUCUGACACCGGACGUAACAAUGAAAGUACCACUAGUCCGGAAACCAGUUCUCAGAGGACUCUUUUCAGUUGGUUAUUCAAUCGUAAUCGUCGACCUCGACGUCAACAGCGAAACACUUCACGGCGUUUACUUUCGAGAGAUCGUAAUGGUCAUUCUAUUGGUUCUGCUGAUUGUACCGGUGCAAUGGUCACCGAAAAUCGUUACAACCAUCGAUCACCUAAUCGUUAUGGACCUUUACCUCCACCACACUCACCUCCACCUCCACCAUUGUCACCAACUUUACCACCUCCACAUCAUCCACUCCUACCAGUGGGACACUUUUCUCCGCUACUUGUACCAAUACAUCCUUCUUAUCGUUCCGUAAUUAGGAAUAGAUCAUUAGCUCGAUUAAACCGACGAACUCGUUCAAACGAUGCCAUUUUCCACCAUCUUCAUAGUAUGGCAUAUGCACACCCUCCACCUCCACCUUUCUUCAAUGGUCCACCACUUUUGGGAUCACCACAGUCACUUUUUGCUUCCUGGGGACCACCACCACCUUAUUCACAGCCAUCAUCAUUGGAAAACCUUGCAACUGGACAAAACAAUGACCCAAACAAUAUUGGCGCCAAUAACAACGAGUCAAAUAAUGGAAACAGUAGCCAUGGAAAUAACUCUGAAAGUAACUCUUCCCAUCGAGUUAAUGGUUCCAGUGGUAAUCAUGGUGGUCAUCGUAGAAAUAAUCAAAUUAAUUCUGUUUCAAACGGUCUCAGUGGAUCAGAUAAUUAUGACAAUUCAUCUAAAUUAUCAACACCAAUUUCUGAGAGACGAAUGCUCUGUAAUGCUUUUUCCUCUGAUGGUAUCACACUGACCAUUGGUGGACCAGUUGGAGCUACAACUCCUUCCAAAAGUUCAUGUAUUGUUGAAGUCCAUGUUCAAGAUGAUCAUCACCUAAACCAUGAUGAUGUCACCUCAGAAUCAAAGACUAUGACCUUUAAUACUAAAGAAGAUGAAUUAACAUCUUAUCAUCAACAUAACAAUCAACAAAAUCACCAAUCAUAUAAAUCACUUUCAAGUAUACCAAUUAAUUUAUCUAACAAGCAAUUUUCAUCACAUCAACAAGAAUUGACAAGAUCAAUAGAUACAAUUAUCUAUGAGCAACAAAAUGAAUCAAAUGAAAACGAUAAUUUUAAUUGUGUUAUUAAUGAAAAUUAUCUUGGUAAAGUUGAUGAAACAAUGUUAACCAAUAUUGAUUGUAAAUCAACAGGAAGAACAGAUUUAUUUGAUACAGGAUCGCCUACUGAUUGUUUACAAUCAACUGAUUUAAUUUGUGUUCCCCAAGUAAUGAAAACAAUAUCCUCAUCAAUUGUUAUUCCUAAUGUUGAUUUAUCAUCAACAUCAACUGAUUCAACUUCAUGUAAUUUAACAUCCUCAACAUCAUCAAGUUCUGGUUCACAUAAUUUAUAUUCAUCUUCAUCAUUAUCAAAUGAUUCUCAGUCAAUCAGUCAACCAAUUGAUCAAAGUUUGAACGAAAAUAUCAAACUGACCUACGAACGUACAACUAUGAUUGCCGAUAAUAGGACAAAUGAGACCAUUGACCUUGAGGUUAACGAUAAUAGUAAAGUUAACCCAAAAGUAACUUCUUAUACCGUUGGCACUAAUGGUGAAAUUAGUAGGAGCGGAAGGUCAAAUUCAAUAACAAAAAACUAUAUGGUUACCAUUAACGAUGAUGAUGUAGAUAAUGAUGAUGAUUCUGGCGAUUUAUCUAAUCAACCAAGUUCCAGUAAUAAUGAUCAAUCGUCAAAAUGUUUAUCAUCACCAACAACAACAACUAAUUCAUUGUCAACAUUUAACAAUAAGGAAACUAAUUGUCCAGAAACAGGUAGUCAUCAAGGUAAAGCAGUUGGUUGUGAUGAGAAAGAGAUUCAAGAAAUUCAAUAUAUGCAAACCCAAUCUCUACCCAAUUUAAGUUAUGCAGCAGCGGUUGUGGUUCCAUAUAAGACAAUGACUAGUCCAUCGCAUGAAAUGUCAAGCACAUCCUCAUCUUGCCAGGUUACACCUCAACAUGGAUCUAAAAUUGGUUAUCAACAUCCCUCUUCGGGUAAUACAUCAACCUCCCAAGAUAUUGCUGAUCUAGAGUUGGAAUUGGAUGAGGAACCAUUGUGCUUUCUACCUGAUUUACCCUAUGAUGGAACACAGAAUUUAAUUCUUAAUCCAAAUAUAAAUGAUCAAAGUGAACAAUCAAUUACUCCACAUUAUUAUGAUAUUAGUGCAACCAAGAUUAAACCUCCAACACCAUUUGCCAAUUGUCCAUUGACAGAAUCAACUGAAUCUUCAUCAACCACUUCUGGUUCAAGAACAAUUAGUGAUGUAAUUAUUGCUCCUGAUACAACGAAACCCAUUGAAAAGCAACAAUCAACUCCAACCGCUGCUGGUGAUAACAUAAUUGUUACCAUUCGUGGCAUUCAAGUCUGAAUUUAAUUCUUGGUUUUCAGACUAAGAGCUGAUCAUUUAUUGAGAUUGAAUUUCAAUUCUUUUCGAUCGAUUUUAUUUCUGUUACUUUUUCUCUUCUCCCUUUUCCGUCUUGCUGUUUUUUUCGAGACACAUUGAAACCAAAAUUGCCAUAAAAAAAGAUUCAUCAUCUCAUACAAUAGAUUGAAAUGGAAUUUGUUGAUCUGAAUACCAAGAAAUGGACCGAAAGCCCUUUAAUUAUCCAUCUUCAUCAUCUUCACCAUUUUUCUUUGCCACCUGAGCUGCGAUGAUUCAGUUCUCAGCUGAUUUCAAUAUUCAGUUUGAUUCCAAUCAUCUGAUAAACUUGAUUAAUUUUGUGUGUGUUCCUAGUCAAUAGAAGGAUCAACAGGCAAAAUCUUAAUUUCAUACGAGAAGAUGAAUAAUUGAUUAAUCAGUGUCAUGGAUUGAAUUGAAAUCUCCCUGAACAAUUAAACCAUCAAGUAAUUGGAUAAUCAAACAAUAACUACUUAAUAAUUGUAUGGACUCAAUUAUUACCUCUAGAUGUUUGAUAUGGUUCUAGAAAUAUAAUUUAAAACAAAUAACAGUAUUUUUGACACUUGACAUGAUCUCAAUUAUGAAGCAACAAAAUCCAAGAGAGAUGAUGAACCCAAUUAAUCAAAAAAAACGGAGAAUCGGUCUAAUUAACUAACCUUCUCACCACAACCAAGAUUUUGCCAUAAAUGACAAGAAAACUAAUGAAUAACGAUUAAUUCAAAGCGGAUCUUUUUGUUUUCCUCUUCUUUUGAUCUGAAUUGUUAAAACAUGUAACGUUACUGUAAAUAUACAUUCAACAAAUUAGAAUUAACUAAUGUUAAUCAAUUAAUCUUUUAAACAACGUAAA